AUGGCUGCAAAGGAUGGAUUAUCAUUCAACUUUUUUGCAUCUUCCCAAGAAAUCAAGAAAGGACUUGCUGCGAGAAUAUUCGAGAAGAUCCCUUCUUCUCCGAACAUCAUCAGAUCAAUGGUUUUCCAAUAUGAACGGAAGGUUCGUGAGGAAUUGAUCGCAGAGCUCAACAAAAGAAAAGCUGAAGACAUCGUUGAUGUGACAAGUGAUGGAGCUAGUGUGAUGAAAAAGCUGGGAAAAUUGAUUAGCGCUGAACAACAACCUUGUUUCGCACACGCAAUCCACUUGGCGGUUCUUGAUGUAAUGUACAAGAAGAAGUCCAAACAACCCGAAGAAAGGAACGUCAGUGAGAACAACAAUGAGGACAACAAUGAGGACAACAGCGAGGACAACAGUGCGGACAACAGCGAGAACGAGAGCGGUUACGAGAGUGAGGACGAGAACUAA